GGAACGACUUGUCAGAAAUUCAACCUCAAUGUCAGAUAACUCUUUAAAUACGUGCUUCCCUCCUUCACCUAUUUCUCAUAUCUUCAAGUUCAUUAAAGUGCUUUUGCUUCAACCUAUCCAUGUAAACGAAAGCAACACAAACCUACCUAUCGCCGGCUCCCAAACAUAAUAUGAGACUGCCAUGCGAUUUACAGUCCGCCGCUGCGGCACUGCUGUUGUUUACAUCGCCAGCUCUUGCCCGCAGAAUUCCCGACGAUGUCAUCGAGGGGGACAACCUCGAUGACAGAGACACACCGGUGCGACAGGUCGCCAUCAUCGGAGCUGGGGCAGCCGGGUCUUCCGCCGCCUACCACUUGCGCAGGUAUGCCGCACAAUACAACGUCAAUGUCAACAUCACCAUUUUCGAAAAGACAGAUCAUAUUGGUGGUCGGACUCUCACCAUCAACCCCUAUGAUGACCCCUCACUCCGACUGGAACUGGGAGCCAGCAUCUUUAUCGAGAAGAACUACAUCCUCAACCAGUCGGUGGAGGAGUUUGGCUUACGAAAGAAGGAUCCCGACGUAGGCUCCGACCCUAAAAUGGGAAUCUGGGACGGCGAGAACUUUGUCUUUGAGAUUGACACGAGCAGCAGCUGGAUCUCCCAGCUUUGGCACAUCGUCUGGAAGUACGGCAUCCGGACCCCUAAGCGGACAAAUGACCUCGUUCAGGAGACUGUUUCCAAAUUCUUGCGCAUGUACGAAGAACCGUACUUUCCAUUCAAGUCCCUGACACAACGCGCAUAUGAUCUCGAUUUGGCCCCUGCUACGGGGGCGACUGGCGAGGAGUUCCUAAAAGCGAAUAAUAUUUAUGGUGCUUAUGUCCACGACAUUGUUCAAGCCAGCACCCGGGUCAACUACGCCACCAAUAUUGGACGCCUCCAUGGACUCGAUACCAUGGUUGCGAUGGCGCCCGCGGGCGCGACAGCUGUUCAGGGUGGCAACUGGCAAAUAUUCCAGAAGAUGGUUGAGAGAUCGGGGGCGACCAUCAUGCUCAACACCUCGGUGUCAUCUAUCUCUUUCGCGAAAACCGGAAGCGAAGACACCACUUCCGCCAGGUACAGGCUCCGGGCUAUCCAUUCGUCAUCCCAGGAGGACACAUCCUACCCAGUGGAGUUCGACAAUGUCAUCCUCGCCAAUCCGUACCAAUUCAGCGAUAUCAACAUCGCGGAUGGUGUGCUGGAAACCCACAUUGACGAGAUACCUUAUGUGCGGCUUCAUGUCACCAUUUUCACCUCGCCCUUCCGCUACAGCUCCGGAUUUUUUGGUCUGGAGAAUUCCAAAGCUCUCCCCGGAACAGUGCUAACAACACUCGGCAAGACUGAUAACGCUACAUCGGGGGUGGCAGGCGCGGGAAGCGCUGGCUUCUUCAGCAUCAGCAUGUUGCGUAAGCUGGUGAAUCCCAAGACUCAGAAGGAGGAGUACGCCUACAAGAUCUUUUCUCCUGAAAAGGUCACUCCCGAGUUUCUCAGCCGUCUCUUUGGUGUCAAGGUCCCAGAGACGUUUAUCGCCGAGCCAAACGACCAGUCAAGUGCUGAAGUCAGCCCCAUUUCGUGGUACUAUCCCCAUGUCUUUUACUCGUAUCCCAAGGCCGAGCCUCGCGUAACAUUCCAGGACCCCAUUGUCGGAGCCGGCUUUUACUACACAUCUGGUAUGGAGAGCUUCAUCUCGACUAUGGAGACCAACGCUUUGAUGGGUAAAAACGUGGCGAGACUGAUUGUGGAUGACAUGAGGGGAGUAGAGAGCGGAGGUGUCCAGAGUCAUGAUGGUAGCCUGGCGCCAGGCCAACAGCUCAAGAUGACUUGUGACAGAGCAGGAAGAGGCGCUGGUAAGGGAGGAGUGCGGAAGGCGGGUGAAGUUCCCAAGACACGGCCUACGGAACUGCCCGAGAUGCCGCUGGUGGACCUUUAACGCACACGACCCUUUUCUAUGCAGAGAAAACCAGCCCUUUGGGGUUUUCACGGGUUUUCAGUUGUUCCUUGCUUUUCGAGCGUUUGUCCUUGGUUAGUUAUGGUAGAUAAGAGCGAAAUGGUAGGUAGAUGAGACUCGAAAUCACACACUAUUCUAGCUUGUGCUUAUUGGAAUCUCCUGGCAUCGACAAGAUGGCACAAGGGCCGUUCAUGAUAGGUGGUGCCGGAUGACGAUUCUUAACAGAGUCUGGUGAUGAUUACGCUGCAGAACAUUUAGCAGGGCAUGAACAGUCAAACGCCUCCCUUUGUUGCCUGUUGAAAGUGAGACAAGCAUGAGCGGCGGCACGCAUCGAUC